AUGCGAGUACUACCAUUAACUUUCUUUUCAUUAUUGGUUCCAGUUGUGAGUGGUGCAUUUCCUUAUUAUGAUAUAAUCCAUCUCAAUCUAGUUGCACUAUAUUCAUACUUCAAUCCAGAAAAACCAAUACUUACUAAUGUGGCCUUUUGGGGAUCCUUUAUUGAGUCUUCUGCGUCAACGGUCGAAAAGGCAAUGAAUGUUUGUAGUGCAUGUGAAAGUGACAAAAAAGAACCAAAUUGGGAUUGUCGUAAAGCGUCUUUGGAUUUGGCGAAAUCUGUUUGUUUAAAUGCAAUUUCACUUUAUAUUGGUUGGCAGCAUGCUGGAAGACCCAAUGGAGCUUUGGAGGGUGCAGAUCCUACAGCAAUGAAAAGAGACAUUGCGAGGCAUUGCCAAAUCGGAGAUACGUUUGACAAAGAGUGUGUUACUUCUUGGCUUUCUGACCAGUAUGCUAGUAAUAUUGUUGAUGGUUGGCAUGAAGUAUCCUAUACAGGACUUAACAAAAGAGAUGUUGAAUUACCUAAUAUAUACUUAAGAGACAAUGCUACUGAUAUAGUUUACCAUUUGAUCUUUAAUCCUCAUUCUGAGUCUACUGGUGCUGUUGCAAUGACACAGGUUGGGAUAUGGAACGGAAAUAAUGCUAAUCUCAGCAAAAGAGCAAACUAUCCGGUUUAUGCACCUUUAUGUAACGCCUAUAUGGCACUUGAUUACUGUGCAAAUCAAUCUGAAUGGGGUGGAAUAUAUAAAAGUGGAGAACUAGAGAAUAUGUUAGAAGAAAUUUUGACUAAUGACGUUGAUGGAAGUUGGGUUAGUGACUAUUAUAAAAUGUACACGUAUGAACAGGAUGACAAAACUCAAGAUUGGCAAAUAUCAUGGCGUAUGUAUAUUGCUUCCGUUGGUAACAAUAUCUAUUGGUCCAAGUGUGACACAGGAAGUUAG